UACAACAUAUAACGUAAGCUGUUGGAAGUUUUGUUUCAUAAUACAUAAUCUGAUCACCUUCGCUAUUUCUUUCUCUUUGAGAGAUACGAUAAUGUAUCUACAUAUACUAAAACACAUAUGUGCAUACAUACUUAUGGAUAUAGAUGCAUAAAUAGUUUGAGCAAUUUAAGGUGUGAAUCACUCGAUAAUCAUUACUCGUCGUAGAAACUGUAAAGGGAAUGAUUUUUUUUGUUAUAAUUAGCACUCUGGCAAUUCCAGUGUUCAGUGCACCUCAUGGAUAUGAAUACAAGAAACCGGCACCUGUAAUAGAGAGAUUCCCAUCGAUUGGAGCACUAAACGUUCCGACGUGUGAACAUGCAACACAAACAAUUGAGGAUAUGCAAUUGUCCUUGAUACAGUCGCAAUCGCAAGGUAGGAUUGUGAACCAUAACACCGGCGUAAAUCAUCAACUUGAACCUGCUGCCAGCGUGUAUAGUCCACAGUUGCAUAAUGAGGAGGGUGUAUCAAAACAAUUUCUCCCAAAUAUUAACUUACCUUCAAAUCAAAUUUUUAAUGGAUAUUCGCACAAUCAAGGGAAUAUAGCAGCGAAUGCGCAAAUUAAUAAUUAUACACCAAUAGCUCCUGGGCGUGUACAUGCAUUCAGCACCGGAAAUGAGGAAUAUAAACAUGAUGGCGUAUAUGCAAAUUCUGUUGGUCAUACUAGUAACUUCGCAGCAACACCAUCUACACACCAUAACAUACAAAAAAUUCCUAAUGUUGGUGUUAAUGCUUACACUGAUUCCUUCACAAACUCCGCAGCUCAUCAAUCAUUAAGCGGCAACAGCAUUAAGCUAACAACGAAUACAAACUUAAACUUUAAUGGUGGUGUCCUAAAUGGUCAACUAGGACAAGUUAUACGUGAGACGUUUGUUAAUGCUCCGUUAGAUCCCUCUAUUGAAAAGCAUAUUUAUGUACAUGUACCACCAGAAGAUCUGGAACAGGAUAACAACCUAAAAUUUGUUAACCAGCAGCAAGUCUUCAGCCCACUUAAGAAGCAUUAUAAAAUAAUUUUCAUUAAAGCCCCAUCUUAUCCAAAGCCCAAUUACAGUCAAUUGGCAGCUGCAGUUGCUCCACAAACAGAGGAAAAAACUUUAGUUUAUGUAUUAGUGAAAAAACCCGAACUUCCUUCCUUAGAACAAGUUCAACAGUCCACAUACAAGUCCAGCAAGCCAGAAGUAUACUUUAUCAAAUACAAAGCUCACAAAGAUGGUGACGAUAACGACACAAUCAAUAAAAAACCAAUAGACAACCAUUCCACAGAAAAUGGAAAUGAACUAAUUGAUAUAAGGUCAGGAGGAGUAAGUAAUUCUGUAAGUACAUCUACCAUUUAUAGUUCAUCACUUAACAAACCAAAGCAUGAACUGUACGGAGUACCGCUGCAGUAGUUUCUUUAAAUAGGUUUAAGUAGUUUUGUUACAGUCUAAACUAUAUUUAUUUUUUGUAAACAUUAUUAGCAUUUUAGCAAACUGUAACCUUAUUAUUAAGUAAAUGCGUAUACUUAUAAGUAGUAAAUAAUCGAUUUCGUAAUCAUCUUAUUUAUUUAUAUUUGUAUUUAUUAUUCAAUUCAUUCCUCCAUUCUUUUACUACGAUGUAAUAAAAAAAACAAAAACUAAGAAAUGCCUAAUAAAUAAAUGAAUACAUAUGUGUGUAUAUCAUACAUGGGAAUUUUUCAUUAAGCAUUAAAAUUUCA